AGAAUCUAGAAUAUGGCAUGGGGGUGCUGCUGGCUGCCUCAGCAAGCACUGCUCUUAAGUCCCAUGUCCAAACCACAGCUGUGAUCUGUGUUUGGGUGAAAAGUUUGAGCAAAUCAACUGAGCAGUAUCUAACAUCACAAGAUGGGGAGCGGAGUUAGUUCAGAGAGCAAGGAGUCAGCCAAGAGGUCAAAAGAACUGGAGAAAAAGCUUCAAGAAGAUGCUGAGCGAGAUGCAAGAACUGUUAAGUUACUGCUCCUAGGAGCAGGUGAAUCUGGGAAAAGUACUAUUGUGAAACAAAUGAAGAUCAUCCAUAAGAAUGGCUACAGUAAACAAGAAUGCAUGGAGUUCAAAGCAGUGGUUUACAGUAAUACCUUGCAGUCCAUCCUAGCCAUUGUGAAAGCCAUGACUACACUUGCCAUUGAUUAUGUGAAUCCCAGAAGCCCAGAAGACCAACAACAACUUUAUGUCAUGGCAAAUACACUAGAAGAUGGCGACAUGACACCUCAGUUGGCAGAGGUAAUUAAAAGACUCUGGGGAGACCCAGGAAUCCAAGCCUGCUUUGAAAGGGCAUCUGAAUACCAGCUCAAUGACUCAGCAGCUUACUACCUUAAUGAUUUAGAUAGAAUAACAGCUCCUGGGUAUGUGCCUAAUGAGCAAGAUGUUCUGCAUUCCCGAGUGAAAACAACUGGAAUCAUUGAAACGCAGUUCUCCUUUAAAGAUUUAAACUUCAGAAUGUUUGAUGUAGGUGGCCAGAGAUCAGAGAGAAAGAAAUGGAUUCACUGCUUUGAAGGAGUGACGUGCAUUAUAUUUUGUGCAGCACUUAGUGCCUAUGACAUGGUCCUCGUGGAAGAUGAAGAAGUGAACAGAAUGCAUGAAAGCCUUCACCUGUUCAACAGCAUCUGUAACCACAAGUAUUUUGCAACCACCUCCAUUGUUCUAUUUCUUAACAAGAAAGAUCUCUUCCAGGAAAAAGUGACCAAGGUGCAUCUCAGCAUCUGCUUUCCAGAAUACACAGGACCAAAUACAUUCGAAGAUGCAGGAAACUACAUCAAGAACCAGUUUCUAGACCUGAAUCUAAAAAAAGAAGAUAAGGAAAUUUAUUCCCACAUGACUUGUGCUACUGAUACCCAAAAUGUCAAGUUUGUGUUUGAUGCAGUGACAGAUAUAAUAAUCAAGGAGAAUCUCAAAGACUGUGGGCUUUUCUAGUCAUCUCAUUUUUCUUCCACUUUUCAUGGUUGUAGGCUUUCCAAAAUAUAAAAGGUGCUGCAUGAUUAGCAUGAAUAGCUAUUAGCUCAUCUAGAAAUAUAACUAGCAUUAUAAAACAAAAUGUCUUCACACAAAUAUUUUAUUUCAUUGUUAGUUCUAUCUUGGUAAGUUUCAAUUUCCUUGGGACAUGUAGUAG